AUGGCGACGACGAGCGACGGUCCCCUCCCGUCGCACCACGCGCGCGGCGACUCGGUCGUGUCCAGCGACUGGGGCGACGACGACGACUGGACCCCCGGCCCUUCCACGACGUCGUCGAACCCGCCGCUGGCGUCGAACAAGCCGCGCGCGUCGUCGCCGCUCGGCGGCGCGGGCGUCGCGUCCUCGGACGGCGGCGUCCUCGGCGCGAGAGGACACGCCGGGGGUCGGCCGAUGCAAGCGUUCGGAUCGAGGAAGCCGCCGAGCGCGCGCGCGAGGGCGAAGCGAUACGCGAAGCUCUGCGCCGCGGCCGCGGUGAUCGGCGUCGUCGCGUACUACGCCGCGGGUGCCGGCGGGUUCUUCGGCGGCGGCGACCGCGACGGCGGCGACGACGACGCCGGGGAAGAGUGGCUCCCGAGCGCAGUCUCAUCCUCGACGUCCGCGCGAUUCGAUUCGACCGCCGCCAACGCCGCCGCCGACGCCGACGCCGACGCCGCGUACGACCAAGGCUCGCACAGCAACGCGGCCGGGCACGUCCCGCUGCCGGAGACGCCCCCCAUGGAGACGCCGCCGAUCGAGGCGUCGACGACGAGCGCGAGCGCGGCGGAGGAGGACCUCCCUCCGAUCGAUCCGAUCGCCGACUCGAACGCGAUGAAGACGAAGAACGGCCCGAAGAAGGCGACGGACGCGACGAGAGCGCCGUCGUACGACGACGACGACGCGGAGCCGGCGGCGGAGGCGCCUCCGAGCGGGAAGAACACCGCCACGUCCGAGGCGACGAUCGAGGACGCGCCCGACGACGAGGACGCGCCCCCGGACGCGCCUCUGACGGGCUUCGCGCCGACGACGACGGCGGCGGCGACCGAGACGACGACGACGACGACGACGACGACGACGACGGAGGACGGCGACGGCGAGAGCCCGAGCCCGAGCCCGAGCCUGCUUGCGUCGACGUCGCGCGGCUCCGGGUUCGGAGACGCGCGCGCGAAGGAGACGGACGAGACCGAGACCGAUACCGAUACCGAGACGCCCGCGCCCGCGCCCGCGGAUCGGACGAAGGCGCGGACGAAGGACGACGAGGACGACGACGCGCCGGCGCCGUCCCCCGCCGUCGCCGCGACGACGAAGCGAUCGGGUCGCGAGAUCCCGGUGUGGACGAACCCGCCCGGCGCGUCGUACCCGCCCGUCCCGGACGUGAAGAGGACGCGCGCGGGCGCCGGGGUGGGCGGGGUGUCCAUCGCGGAGAAGCUGACCGAGAAGGUUGCGACGGCGACGACGAAGGCGAAGGCGGCGGCGGCGCCCGCGGCGCCCGCGCCGGCGGGCGUCGCGAAGUCGUCGUCGACCGAAGUCGACGCCGCGCCCGCGCCCGCGCCCGCGCCCGCGCCCGCGACCACGACCACGACGACGAUGGCGACGGUCCCCCCCGCGCCGGUCGCGGUCGCCGAGCCGCCGCCGCCGUCGACGUCGGCGGCGGCGGCGGCGUCCUCGAAAGCGGUCGCGGUCGUCGGGUCCGUCGCGCUCGCGGCGACGCCGCCGUCGGACGCGCCCGCGCCCUCGCCGGUCGUGAACGACGCCGCGAUGAUGAAGGACUUCCCGGAGAUCGACGCGGAGUCGUACGCGGAGAGCGCGGUGAAGAAGGAGCACAAGAACGACGCGGCGCCGAGCGAGAUUGUCGACGUGGCGCCCGCGCCCGCGCCCGCGGCGGCGACGACGACCGCGACCGCGACGACGAAGUCGACGACGAAGUCGACGACGAAGUCGACGACCUCCUCGUCGUCGACGACGGGCGCGACGAAGAAGGCGGCGUCUUCGAAGUCGUCUUCGACGGCUCCCGCGGCGGGGAAGGCGCCGGGGUCGUCGUCGGCGGCGGCGGCGGCGACCGCGGCGACCGCGGCGACGGCGGCGACGUCGACGUCGACUUCGACUUCGAACGUGAAGCCCGUCGCCGACGCGCCCACCCGAGCGCGCGCGCCGACGUCUUCGCGUCUCGGCGGCGUCGACGCGAGCGCGAGCGGAGGGGGAGGGUCCUCGACGAAGAAGACGUCCUCCGUGCAGAGCGUUUAA